UCCCCUGAAUUCCACAGUACACCAUAUCGUUUCAUGUAGAGUGGAGGUGUAAACAUCCUUCUACAUACACCUCCAGCUGAAAUCAGAACUACGCACGUAACUUUUGGAAUUUUCGGAUAGCCUGACAGCUUAAAUUGUAGAUCAUGGCAGUAACCUGAAAUGUAAUGCUGUUAUUUUUUUGCAACCGAUUUUUGAGCGGAAAUUCAAGUGUUCAUUCCCUGGACAUUGUUAGAGGUUUAAGAAUAACUUUCGGCAAUGACACAGUGAUUAGAUGGAAAUGAAACAAGGCCUCGGCCUGAAUAGUCUUGUCAGGAUGGAACUGUACAUUGAAACUUUGACCGGGACGGCUUUUGAGCUCCGUGUUUCGCCGUUUGAGACUGUCAUGUCUGUCAAAGCAAAGAUUCAAAGACUGGAAGGAAUUCCCAUCUCCCAUCAGCAUCUGAUAUGGCAGUCCAUAGAACUGGAGGAUGAUUACUGCCUGCAUGAUUAUCAGAUCCACAAUGGUGCCACUCUUAAGCUGGUACUGGCCUUGAGGGGUGGGCCCAUCAAUACACGCAGAAAUAUUGAGUCAUGUAAAUACUUGGUUUAGUUCCAGUUGAGGAUACAGCUUUGAGGGAAAUGGCUGAGUACAUGGAAGCCAACAAGGAUGAAAUCCUGGACAAGUUGCCAGACAACCGUAAUGUGACUCUUCUUGUUUUUCGUGAAGGGGAUCAACUUAAUUUUUUUCGAGUAGUGGAUCGAGGUGAUGGAACAUUAACACCUCUGUCAGAAACACUAAGCACAUCAGUAUACAACCUCAAUGAGGAGGAGGAGGAAGAAGAGGUUCACACUAAAGAGAAAGUGGAAGAAAAUGACAAGAUGAAAGAAAAGUUGGACCAGCUCAGAAUCAACAUGGAGAAGAUGAGCCUCACCAGAAAGAAAAGACCAAAGCCACCUUCUUCAGGCCGCACCAGUCACUCAGGGACACAUCUUCGGCUGCGCCAUCUCUCAAGUGGUGGCCAUUCAUUCAGCAACACAUUCAACAAAAAUGCCUGCUUGCCACCUGUUGGGCAAACAUUUCCCUCUGCAAGCACCACCACUUUGACCACAUCCUCAGCAGUGGCAGCUUCAUCGGCUGCUGCAGCAUUUAGCACCUAUUCAGCAGCUGCUGAAAAACUUGCUGAGGCUGCAGCUGCAGCAGCUGGUGGUGAGGGCAGAGAUAAGUCGUCUUCAGCGCCUAGCCUUCUGUUAACAACGGUCAAUGCAAGGCACCCCAGUCCUUCCACAGAGGAUGCUACUGGAGAGGCAGGAGACUUGUCACAAACUUCUGAGUUGCCGAGACCCAAGUCAGAUUUAUUAGAAUGCAAAACUGGCUCUCCAGUUGCUUUCUCCAGAAAAGAUUUGCAUACAUUAGCUUCUACCUCAGAAAGCUUGCUAACCCAUAAGAACUCCAUGGGAGAUGGAGGGUUGCUGGAAACGCUUGGGGAAGUUCUCAAGAGAUCGCCCUUGACAGCUCGGAAGGAUAUGACUGUUAGUGGUCUACGGGCAGAUGGUUUUUCAAGGCCCACAACUUCCAGUCGUUUCCCUGGGGUGGAUCGGCGUAAGGAGAUUGCUCUUGAGAACCUUACCACAGGAGAAGCACGCACAAUGUCUGGGAUACUCCGUCAAGCAUCUAUUGAAAAGCUUGGCACCUCUCAUAUGGGCACUAUUGUUUCUAGUGCUAGCAAGUCCCGUCUCAGCAACUAUUGUAUCCAAGAGGCCCACAUCCCAACCCCUGAGGGUAGAAUAAUGUCUGGUACAACAAGAUUAAGAAUGUCAGCAAGUCGAGAAGGGCGGAUUAUGACCUCAUCGCAUCGACUGCCACCAGUCAAGGCCAAAAAGAAAGCAAGCAAACGUUGCUAUGUAUGUGCAAAAAAGACAGGAUUAGCUACAAGUUACCAAUGCAGAUGUGGCAACAACUUUUGUGCCUCACAUCGCUAUGCAGAAUCUCACGACUGUACUUUUGACUACAAGUCUGAGGGUCGCAAGCUGCUAGAACAAAACAAUCCUGUUGUCACUGCCCCAAAGUUGCCGAAAAUAUAAACAAGUUUCAGCCUUGGGCAUUUUCAAAGAAGAACAUAAACUUCAAGGGGCCUAGGUUCUUUCUUGUUCAUUUUUGUUAUUUGUGUGAAAGCAUACAUGUAGUUAGAAUCUGUAUUAUCCUUUAUGAAGUGUUCCUCCCCAGGAUUUUUUUUUAAUGGGACCAAAGUGAGAACAGCAUUUUUUUCCCUGAUCUUAAAAUUUUGACAAAUUUAAGAUUUAUUUUAGAGCAUCAUCUGUUUUCUCUUUAACCAAUUUUUUUACUAUAUUUGCAACAGCAGGAACAGAGUUCUUCUCAGUCUUUAAAUUGUGUGAAGGGAAAGGAUGAAGAUGGAGUGAAAUCAAUCCAUCGUUUCUCUAUGGAGUUUAUACUCUAGCUUGUUACAGAUCAACCUAUACUGUGAUGACCAUUGUGUCCUAUAAGGUAUGAAUGAUGAUGUUGACAAAAUGGCAUGCAGCAUGUGUAUAUGAAAGAGAAAUGUUUAGGACAAUAGUAUAGAACAAUUUUUUAUACUGAAGAUAUUAAAUUUUUGUAAUAACAUUUUUGAAAGGAAUUUUAGUCGUGUAAUAUUGCAUUUGUCCACUAUCAGAAGUUGUAUUUCCUUUGUACAGGAAACAAUUGAGCUAUUUUUAAAUGCUGCGUAUUUUAAUGCAUUUCUCUAAUUUUCCUUUUCUGUCCCACAUUUCUAUUCUUUCUCUCCUACUGCAUACUUAUAAUCCACCUCAAAGGUACUCUGCUGCUGCAAAUGAAACUCUUAAGGUCUUUCGAUGAAUUGUGAUAUGGCAAGAGUCUUAUCAUUGGAGAUUGAAAUAAACGUCAAAGAAACCUCUUUCAUGGCCGUUCUGUUUGGUUUUAAAACAGAAAGAAAAUGGCCUCAUGCAAGUGUGUUAUAGUGUUUGGUUUUUAUAUAUGCUGUGCAUAAUGUCUGGUUGAAGUGGUUUUAACAUCUGGGUGAACAUUAGACAGUUACGUUUGCUCCUAUAACAUAUUCUGUACUAUGACCAUAGUGGUGCAUUCCUGGUGGGAGCAUAUAUUGUUCUGGUGAAAUAUGGUUACUGCCUUUGAACUCAUCUGUUUGUUAAUAGUUUAUAAAUGAGGCAGAAUAUCCUAACAUGGCUUUCUACAUCCAGACAGACUGGCUUGUUUUGCACUCAAAAAACUCGCAACUAAAUUCUUGUGUGAGAUAUAACUUCACCGACAGCUGUUACUUGUUAUAUUUGUCCAGAAUCAGUUUUGACAUUUUGAUGUUCAAAAGUCCUUACUUAGCUGCUGCUAUUUAAAUGUCUUACAGAUGCAUACCAUGUCUAGAAAUGUCUACAUGAAAAUGUGUGCCUGUGGGAAGCAAGUGUGUAUGAGUGAAAGCACAUGCACAGUUAACAGUUAUGCUGUUUUUCUAUUUUUGUGUGUUUGAACAUAAUCUUAAAUGUUUGAGCUAGCGUGGCAUAAAUAUUUUCAUUUAUUUUGGUAUGUGUGAGUGUACCAGCAUUUCUUACUACAUAAUCUGUAAAUAUUCUUUAAUUUUAUUGGCAUAACCUUUAAUAUUUCUUCUACAAUUAUUAGAUUUCUGUAUCUAUUGUGUAUCCUUCAAAUACUAUAGGAAACAGCCAUUAGAGGUUCCUCGGCAUAUUUUCAUGAAGUGAUAAACAUUAUUUGAAGAUUAUGGGACAGAGGAAAUGUUGUGAUGGUAAUUUUACAUUCCAAGUGCUUAGUGGUAAACUCUGAGUUAAGGCAUGUAGUAGUGCUAGAAUUCAUUCAUGGUGAUUGGUAGUAGCUCUUCAUUCCAAACCUUUUCCUUCCAAGUACUGUGUAUAACUUUGAUGUUAAUCGAGAUGAAGCCUGAAGUCUUUUAGCAGUUUUCUUGAGUUAAAACUAUAUUUCAAAAGGGAGACUAGUCUAUUAGGCAGAUUUUUUUUUUUUUUUUGAAUAAAAUUUGCAGUUGAGGAGCAAUAUAUAAAUGUAAACAAAUCUUAGUGCAUUUUACUGUAAAAUAAAUUGAAUAAUAGCUAUGAAUAAUUUUAGGAGACAUAAAAUGCACUAAUGCUGUGAAAUGGCUCAUGGUACCCAGUAGAAUCUAUCAGCUUGCAAAUGCACAGAAGAUGGUUGAUAAGGUAGUGUGAAUAGUAAGUUCUGCUGCUUUAAAGGUGGUUUUAGUGAAUGGGAGGUGGACGCAGAAAGAAGAUUACCUGUGAAGACAAUCCCUGUAGAUGAUGACAGCAAUGCAACCUGCUUCUGGGUGAAGAAAAGACAUGUUCUGGUAGCCUGCCAGAAUGAGUUUUUUGCACUAGUCAUCAACGUUAUGGUUUCAGUGAUGAAUAAAAUGUCCGUCAUGCCCAAAGGUAUAGUCAGAACAUAGAUCAACAGCUAAGCAGCUUACAGGAUUCACCAACUGUAGCAAAGUCUCCUGGUGCAUGUUGAUCACCACACAGGAAUUGAAACAGGCCCAUUGCAAUGGAAGAGAAGCACGAGUGACACAAAUGAAACUAUAUCAUUGAACUGGAGUCUAACAUAUGAAGCACGACACAACAGGACCUUAUCAAUAAUUCUGUGUAUUCAAGAAGAUACACUUUAAAAUAGACGUAUUUUUUUGAGAAAACUCAAUUCUCGGUUGGAUUUUAAUUGCAUUUUGAAGAAAAUGACAACCCUAAAUCUUCCAUGUUUAUGUUCUAUUAUACUCAUGUGAUUGAAUGUUGUGCACUAUAAACAAGCGUGAAUAAAAAUGAUGCUUAAAAAUGUUGGUCACCUGGACAGAGAA